GAGGGCAGAUGGGCCCAUUCACUCUGUCGGCUCUUUCCAGGGGAUGAGUUGGAGCAAACCCAUGAGAUCUUCCGCCAGUACCAAGACCCAUGCCGAGUGGGGCCCAGGCAGGACCAGCCCUGGGCCAUAGGCACCCUGCUGAACUACCUGGAGAUCCACGAGGAGGCCGUGUCGAGCCCAGAGAAGCUGAAAAGGACCCUGGAGCAAGAGGAGGGCAGGUGGAGGUACCUGGCGGGUCCCAUCCUGCGGGACGGCCGCCCCGACCCCUCGGCAGCAGGGGGCCCCUGGGAAGGGCGCCGCAUCGACUACAUCCUGUACCGCGAGCACCCCGCCCCCAUCAGCCUGACAACGGAGGUGGAGAAAUUUUCCUUCAUCACCCAGCUGGCCGGCUGCUCGGACCACCUGGCUGUGGGGCUGCGACUUUUCCUGAACCCUGCGCCGCAGUGACAGCAGCGAGUGUGAACCCCGGUGAAGUGGAGAAAUUUUCCUUCAUCACCCAGCUGGCCGGCUGCUUGGACCACCUGGCUGUGGGGCUACGGCUGCUCCUGAACCCUGCGCCGCAGUGA